AAAAUGAUAGAACGCAACUAUGUGCUUCCAGAUUUGAAUAGGACAUUAUUUCAGGAUGCCCUAAAGAAGAGAAGUAGAGGUAUUAGAGAUUCUAUUGUACAUGCAAGAGUUAGCUCAACAAGGAAUUUAACUGGCGGUAUGCUUGCAAAUCCGGAAAAUCUCAACGAGUGUGUGCCGCAUUUCUGUGAGUCAGGAGAUCAAUAUCCAGGUGAGUGUAAAGAACCAUGUGAGGAAGACUUUAUUUGCUGCCCCAUAUGCAACUGUUUUAUACAACUUCAAGGAAAGGAGAAAGUUACAUGCUCUACAAGCUGCGAUUACUUCCAACAACGUAAGGAAAGCUGUCCCGAAUGUGAAUGCAGGUUAUCAGAAAGACCCUAUUCAACAGAUAGUACUGGAAGACAAUAUUUCCAAAGUUCUUGUAAGAUAAAGUGGUCAGAUGAUAGUGUUAACUCUGGAAGAAAAUCUUCAGACAAAAGUGGAGAGUCGUGGGAAAAUAAACACACUGUAGAGACGGAACACUCUGUAGAGACGAAACACUCUGUAUCGAGGGAAGACUCAUUAGAAAGGAGGCGCUCAAGAGAGAGUGGACACUCAUCGGUAAGAGAGGAUUCACUAGAAAGUGUACACUCAAACAGUAGGAGGCUAUCGGAACAAACUGAGGCCUCCUCAGGUAGAAGAAGUUCAGUGGGAAGUGAAAAGUCAGCAGAAAGGGAGGACUCACCAGGAAAGAAAAUGUCUGGAGGAAGAAAACAGUCUGGAGAGGGUAAAGGGUCAGAAGCACGAGCAGGGAAACUGCGCCCAGCAAACAAAAAAGAUUGCGAUUUUUACCUGCGUUGCCUACACAGAGAAUGCACCAGUGUUGAUGCUGACCCUAACAAUCAUCUUCUCGGCAUACGGACAGGAUAUGCAUCUUGCAUAUCGGAAUGACUAAAUAGCACCUGAUACCAUAAGUAUACAGGCAAUGGCACCCACGGUGUGUGUACUAUCUGAAUAACAAAGUAUCACAGAAUAAAUAAACCAGAAGCUACACUUGCGCAAAUCCCCCAGUGCAAUUUUCAGACACUGCCACAAACGCACACCGCCAUUUACAGCGUCAGCCGGCGAUAAGUUUACGCGUUCUCCGUACAGGUUCGGUUCAUCUAUAUGCAUGAAGCACAAUACGUGCACAAGACUGUACGAGGGAUGUCUUUCAAGUUUUGCAUAUGGAUAUAAAACCACACGAUAAAUGCGGAGAAGACCGUGGGAAUUUCGCGGAAUUUAAUAAACCUUGUGAAGACUGCAGAUGUGAUAGUACUAAACGUGGUAGUGAUGACCUCGAUCUCACAGAGGGGAUUAAAGAUUCAGUUAUAAGUAGGCAGUUACAUCUGAGAUCAAAGAGAGGUUCUGCAAGAGUCACUGAUAAUACAGAGGAGGCCACAGAUUCCGUUAUAAAUAGGAAAUCAAUUAAAGAAGAAGAAACAAAACUAAUAUGUCCAGAUAGUUGUAAAGCUUACAAGCACGGUAUCUCAUGUCUGAUUUGUGGAUGCGAUCACAAAAAGCUGAGAGAAAAAUCACGUUGUCCGAAAGACGGGGAGAAGGGUUGCGAACCCGGUUGUGAAUAUUUUCAAAGAACAGGUGUGGGAUACCCUGAUUUCAAAUGCGAAGAGGUUGAAGAUAUUUUGCAACUAGUCAUUGACAAAGCCCAAGACAUAGUGGAACACGGUGGGAGGAAGAAUCGAUUUGGGAGCCGUGAAUCUCGUAGAAUGUUUACUUAUGAAGGCUCUAUGAGUAGCACCAAAGGUAGCAGUGAUGUGUCUCCGAAGCCGAGGCGAAGAAAGUCGAUGCAGUCACAAGAUAGCAACAGAAGCUCAACUAGAUCAAGCUUAGCUUCAGAAGAGAAGGCCAAGGGAAGCUGUUGUUGCUUAGAUUGGGAGGAUUUAUCUGUUAUGGCAAGCUGCUUUGCUUCACAUGAGGAACUUGUGAGAUGCUUAACAGCAGAGACUAGAAAGCAGUCAGCGGCAUCCAAUCGGAAUAAAUAUACACAUAGUCUACAUAAAGAUUCUGUAGUUUCUACGAAAUCAAGAUCGUUCUCAACUGGAGAGCAAGAGAAGACAGACAAAGAUAGAAAGGGAUACAGAAGUAACAUGAGUAAUGACUCACUAGAAGUGGAAGAUGUGCCCAAGAAACGGCUUAGCUCCGGUACUAAAAAGGGUACAAAAAAGGCUGCUAGUUCGUCCGGAAAGAAAAAAGAUGGUACAUCUGGAAAGAAAGCUGCGAGUCCGUCAGGGAAGAAUAGUGAGGGCAAAGAUGCAUUCUCUAAAGACUCAAUGAAAAUGUCAGUCGAAUGUAAGCCUAUGAAACUUUGUGGGAGAGGCAAAACAGGUAAAACUUGUUUUACAGAGAUGUCAUCUAAGUGUAGGACAGUUAAUGUGCUCGAUUGUAUCAAUGAAUGCUUUAGUAGAACUACAAAUAUAUCUGGAGCAGAUGUUGACUGCGGGUGCUAUGACAAUGCCGCUGUGGUUGACAAGCAAGAAAAAAGAUGUACAACCGCCGGUGCUUGUGAUGCAGAGACCAAUACGACCGAAAGUUACAAGACUCCUUCUACUUGUGCAGUUGAACAAGAUAUCAUUCAGCAGCUCACGAGAAUAUCAGUAGAGAUAGAAAACUUACGAUGUUGCAGUCAAUCUACUACCAAGAUAUUGUCUGAAGUCAGUAUUCCAGCACCAAAUAGCAGGGCUUCAUCUUCACUGAAAUCAGUUACCUUUUCUAGCUUGGCAGCUUGCAGCCCAUGUCUUCCGUCCUCUGGUAUUGAAGAGAGAAGAAAUGGAAGUUUAAAUGAAAAUGAAAUUGGAGAACCCAUGAAAAAACAAGUUGGAGAGCCCAAAGAUGAAAAAAACCUAGAAGUUGUUAGUAAAAGUGUUCCUGUAAAUGUCCUUUCAGGUUCUGGAUCCGUUCAAGAUUGGAGUUGUCCGUGCACUGGUCGUUUUGGGUUUUGCGAUUGUGACAAUUCUAAUGUUGAGCCCACAAGUGAUCUGAUACGUGAUGAUAACAAUAAGUGCAUCAGGAAAUUCGGUACACCGUGUGCUGGACGCAACAGUGAUGAAGAGAUAAGAAGCACUGGAAGUUUAGAUAGAAAUCAAGCUGCAGAACCCACGGAAAAACAAAUUGGAGAGCUCAAAGAUGAAACUGUAGACCCAGCUGCGCAAGAAGUCAAUAAAAACCUAGAAGUUGUUAGUACAAGUGUUCCUGUAAAUAACCUCCCGGAUUCGGGAUCAGGUCAAGUUUACAGUUGCCCUUGCACUGGUCGUUUUGGGUUUUGUGAUUGUGACAAUUCUGAUGUUGAGCCCAUAGGUGAUGAAGAGAUAAGAAGAAGUGAAAGUUUAGAUAAAAAUCAAGUUGGAGAACCUAAGCAAAAACAAGUUGGAGAUUCCAAAGGUGAAAAUGAUCCAGUCACGCAAGAAACCAAUAAAAACCUGAAAGUUGUUAGUGCAAGUGUAAAUAACCUCCCAGAUUCUGGAACAUGUCAAGAGCCUACAAGUGAACCGCCAAAGUAUAUUCUGACAAGUAAUGAUAAUAGUGAGCUUAUGAAGAAACUCGGCACACCAUGUGCUGGAGACAACAGAGAUGAAAAGGUUGCGAGUGGGGGGCGAUGUUUGAGUUUUGAAAGACGUGUUGAAGCUGAUAUGCGGAAAGCUGGAACUAUAGACCGAGAUACGCAGGUUGGCGAAUCCUGUCUAUGUAUUGCCCAUGAAUCAUAUUCAAAGGAGAUUUGCCUGAAGAAUUUAUGUUAUUAUGAUGAUUGCACUGAUAAGAGCGUUCCUAGAAGCAUCUCAUCGGAUAGCUUGGAUUCUGAUUGCAAGGUAAAAUCAGUGAAGGAAAAGACCAAGCUUUGUAAGAAACAUCUCCAUGUCUCUGUAGAUGAUAUUUACAACAUGUCCAAAGAUAAGAAAGCUCAGGCACAAAAAAGCUGCUGGUGCAUACCUAAUGAAGGUUUCCAAGGCAUCAGCAUUAAGAACAAAAUGGACGUGAAUUUCUUCGGUGUCUUAGGGACAGAUACGCAUGGCUACCACUAUUCAAAGACGAAGAGAUAUAAGAAACGCGGCAGCUCAGCAAUUUUUCAGCUUGUCAGUGAACCUUCGACGGCGGAGAGUGAUGCUUUAUCUGCGAAUGGUGCUGUCAAUUACAAUUCUAAUAAGAGACGUGGUAAAUGUUGUCAUUGAUAACAAUAUUCGUAAAAGAAGACUGCGAAGUAAAGCCAGUACAGCACAAAAGGAAGAUUAGAAUAUUUCCAUUCAUCCAAUUGGCGUAUACUUUUUCCAUCACUUUUGGAUCAUCUCCUCACUCUACAGUGCAUUGUGAUACACAAGGCUAAACAUACGUUGGCCUCCUACUAUAAGUUCAUAUACAUUUUGAGGAAUAAAACACAAUGAAUACAAAAAUAUA